GGUUUAUGAAAGGCGGGAGUCAAAUGUGUGCGUGAUUGUGUGUGUGGUGUUUGGAUGUUUAGAGUUAGGUUAUGUCAAUUGUGACUGUUAAAUAUGAUUUUAAAUAUGAAAUACCUCAAACUAAAUAAAUAAUGUAUAUGUAGUGUAAAUUUAUAUUCAACUCAUUUAAAGCAUAUACUGUAUUAUAAAAUUUAAAAUGGAAGAAGAAAAUAUAGAAGUAACAGCUAGAACAUUAAAGUGUGAGUUAAAUGUUUUGAAAAAUCCAGAUGGUUCUGCAAUAUUAGCUCAAGGUGAUACUGUAUUUCUCGCAUCUGUAUAUGGGCCAGUAGAAGUGAAAAUACAAAAAUUCCAGAUUGAUAAAGCAAGUAUAGAAGCAGUUUAUAAAUCUAAAUCAGGAAUUACUUGUGUAAAUGAUAGGAUUAAAGAGAACCUAGUAAAGAAUGUUUGUGAGUCUGCACUUAUAACUUCACUUCAUCCCCGUACAGCCAUCAAUGUAAUUAUACAAGAGAUGCAGGACUGCGGGGGUGGACUGGCUUGCGCUAUUAAUUCUGCAUGUCUGGCGCUAAUCAACUCUGGGUUGUCCAUGCAAUAUUUGUUUGCUGCUGUUUCGUGUAUGGUUAACGACGAUGGAGCGAUCGUGAUUGAUCCAGACAAUAAACAACUAGAGGAAGCUCAAGGCUCAAUGAUAUUUGUGUUCGACAAUGUGCGUUUAGAUGUCAUUGGCUUGACCACAGAUGGAAUGAUCAGUGAAACUCAACAUGAAGAAGCUUGCAGACAGUGCAAGAUUUGUGCUGAACAGCUUUUUGUUUACUUCAGAGACAUUGUGCGCAGAUAUGCAAGCAGAAUUUAGUUAUUUAGAGAUUUUCAAUUUUAAGUUAUUGUUCGAUGUACCUUUAAUAAAUUUGUAUUAUGUUUGUAUGUCAUAUUCAAGUUAUUUUUUUACUAAUUUUUAAUAGCAUUGAUUUAAAUGUUGUAAAAUAGCAAAAUUUUAUUUAAUGGUUCUUGUGGCCGGUGGUGGUAUUAUGGAUAGCAUCACACUGGCCAGCAAGAUUUGUUGUAAACAUGACAAGUGAACAUACCAUUUUAUUUUAAGAUGUUAUCAUAAAGAAAAUUGCAUCAGCAUUUGUGAAAGUUAAAGGCCUUUGAUGUCUUGCUAAGAUGUUUGUGUUAAGCAUUGCUUCAUACAUAGUAUAUGUUUAUCUAAUGUUAUAAUGCGCCAUUUAGCAUCAAUUAAAAUAAACCUUUUUAUAAGAAUUGAUGUGGUUUAAAUUGAGCAGUUCCGAAGAUGAUUCAAUUAACUGGACUCACUAUGCAGAUAUACAAAAUGCUGUUAAAGUUAUAGAUACUAGUAUUCACUCAUGUAACUGGUGUAAACAUAAAAAUAUUUGUACUGCAGCCAAGCGAGCUUAUGCAAUUAGAGCGAAUUCCCAAUAAUAGACAGGUUAUUGGCUAUCUUGUAUUUUAUGCUGUGGAACAUGAGCAACUGUUUGAAAUCUACUGCAAUUGGUUCUUUAACCGUAACGUAAGUUUCAAAUAAGCUCUUGGCUUUAGUGAACCUUUAUCUUGCAUAUUUAGAACAACAGUAAGUAAGAGAAACCUUGUUGAUGACGACUAUGAUAUAUUGGAAGCUUCAGACAAAACAUACAACUGCCAAUAGGUCUUUUAUCAGUAGUAGGUAUGGUAGUGGAGGUGAUGAGAACAAUAAAAAUGCGAGUUUGCUUGACCUUUCAGAAAACGACACUUAAUGAAUAUUGGAUGCUUUUAUCUAGUGAAACUUAUGACUCAGAUGUCAAUAAGGAUUAUCAACCGAUUCUUCAUUUUAAGAUAAAUUGAAGGUACUGUAUUUGAAAAAUAGCAUGUAUUUAUGAAACUAUACUAUAUGUUAAAAUUCUAGUGACAUAUUGAAUUAAGUAGUGAUACUCAUCAAUAUAAUACAAGAAAUAAAAAGAAUAUAACUGUAAUCCAACAUAAUUUGCAAUAACUCUGUAAAAAACAAAAUAUAUGGGAGUGCAAUCUUAUAAGUUAUUACCAAAUUAUUUAGUCAGUAGAAAAAAUAAGAUUUACCCUAUUAUAUGGAUUACCCCUCCAUCAAUCUGAUGUGACGCUGCUGGAGAUGCAGAAAGGACCAACCAAUAAACGGACCCCCGUCACCAUCCCUUACAUAGCAAUGGUUGCAAUCCAUAUUGUUCUUUGAUUUUUUUUUUCAAUUUCUAUAAAUAAGUGUAGAUUUAUUUAUAGACUGUUUAUAACCAAGAUCUAUUGUAUAGUUUUUAAUUUUCUUAAAACCAUAAUAAGAGAAUAUAUUGCCAUGUUCUUGUAAUUGUAUAUCUAAUUAACUUGUUCUUUAAUAUUGACACCAUUCAUGUUCACUGUGUAAAAUAAUUGAAUAAAGAUAGUUCUGCUUGUGAUUAUGCAUGGGUCUUCUAUGCCAACUCAAAUAUAAAAAAUACUGAUGACUUGAUUUAGUUAAAAUUAAUCCAAAAUGAUGUUUAUAAACAUAUUGACUUAAAAAUUUUAACUGUUAUCUUGUACUUCUAAAACAUUUGAAUGGAAGCCAUGUGUGCUACAACUCAAGGUUCUAUAGAACUGAAAUUUGGUGCAUAAGCUCCUCUUGGUAGGAGUAAUAAAUCUAUUGAUUUUGGGAUCGAAAUUUUAAAAUACAGCAAGUUUAAAAUCACUUUUUUGAAUUGGUCUUGGGGUAAUCAAGAUUAAUGUUUUUAUUUAAACUUACAUGGCCUUUGCAAUAAUAUUCUAAAAAUAAAGUGAUGAAAUAAAAAAUA